AUCUUGGUCCCGGCUCUCCACGUCCCCAACAGCACGGCUGCUGUUUCAGCAACACGGCGUCACACUGAUUGAAGCCGACCAAGCUCAGGUGUUAUGGAGGAGCUGCACAGUCUAGACCCUCGUCGACAGGAGCUCCUGGAGGCGCGCUUUAUGGGCGGCAGCACAGGGGGCAGUACUGGCAGCACCAGCGGAGGAACCAAGGGCUUAACAAACAAUGAUUGUUCAAAUCAUAGCUUUGGCAGUCUGGGAUCCUCCAGCGAUAAGGAGUCAGAGGGUUCUGAUGUGAAAAGAGGGAGUUCUCCUGCGUAUUCUACCCCUGAAAAAAAACACUCCGAGUCAUCCAGAGGAAGAAAAAGGAAAGCUGAGAUUCAUUCGGAGAGUAGCCAAGGAAAAUCUAUCGUUCGAGGAAGCAAAAUUAGUGACUAUUUUGAUAUACAGGGUGGUAAUGGGUCCAGUCCUGUUCGAGGCUUACCACCAGUCAUUCGCUCUCCCCAGAACUCACAUUCCCAUUCUGCACCAGGAUCCAGUGUCAGACAAAACAGUUCAUCACCCACCAGUCUGUCUUUUGGGGACCACGUGAUGCAUCCUAAACAGUUAGCAUUAAAGAGUGUUCAGACUGAGCUAACCAUGUUAAAGCUGGCUACUCUGGAGAGCAAUAAGAACCUUGACCUGGAGAAAAAGGAGGGUAGGAUAGAUGACUUGUUACGGGCCAACUGUGAUCUCAGGAGACAAAUAGAUGAACAACAGAAACUACUUGAAAAGUACAAGGAGCGUUUAAACAAGUGCAUCAGUAUGAGCAAGAAACUUCUGAUUGAAAAGAGCACCCAGGAAAAGCAGGCAUGCAGGGAGAAGAGCAUGCAGGACCGGCUACGUUUGGGGCACUUUACCACUGUAAGACAUGGAGCCUCGUUUACAGAGCAGUGGACAGAUGGAUACGCCUUCCAGAACCUUGUUAAGCAACAGGAAUCAAUAAACCAGCAAAGAGAGGACAUAGAGAGACAAAGGAAGCUGUUGGCCAAAAGAAAGCCCCCUUCAGCCAGCAAUUCCCAGUCCCCCAGUGCCAACUCUGAGCCGAAACAACGUAAAACCAAGGCUGUUAAUGGAGCUGAGAAUGACCCCUUCCUUAAACCCAGCCUGCCACAGCUAUUAACCGUAGCCGAGUAUCACGAGCAGGAGGAAAUUUUCAAGCUGCGGCUUUGUCAUCUUAAAAAGGAGGAGGCAGAGAUCCAAGCUGAGCUGGAACGCUUGGAGAGAGUGAGGAAUCUUCACAUCCGAGAACUGAAAAGAAUAAACAAUGAGGACAGCUCUCAGUUUAAAGACCACCCCACCUUAAAUGAGCGCUAUCUGCUGUUGCAUCUGCUUGGAAGAGGAGGGUUUAGUGAAGUGUACAAGGCUUUUGACCUAAUUGAACAGCGGUAUGCUGCUGUAAAAAUCCAUCAGCUCAACAAAAACUGGAGAGAGGAAAAGAAGGAAAACUAUCACAAACAUGCCUGUAGAGAGUACAGAAUACACAAGCAGCUGGAUCAUCCUCGAAUAGUCAAACUUUAUGACUAUUUCUCACUGGACACAGAUACGUUCUGUACAGUUCUUGAGUACUGUGAAGGCAAUGAUUUGGACUUCUACUUGAAACAACAUAAGCUGAUGUCGGAGAAAGAGGCUCGUUCAAUCGUCAUGCAGAUUGUUAAUGCACUACGAUAUCUAAAUGAGAUCAAACCACCUAUAAUACACUAUGAUCUUAAACCAGGGAAUAUUUUACUAGUGGAUGGAACAGCAUGUGGAGAAAUUAAGAUCACAGACUUUGGCUUGUCUAAAAUUAUGGACGAUGACAACUACGGAGUUGAUGGGAUGGACCUUACAUCACAAGGAGCAGGCACUUACUGGUACUUGCCCCCUGAAUGUUUUGUUGUGGGUAAGGAACCGCCAAAGAUCUCCAACAAGGUGGAUGUUUGGUCUGUGGGAGUCAUCUUUUUCCAGUGCCUAUAUGGAAGAAAGCCCUUUGGCCAUAACCAGUCCCAACAGGAUAUCCUACAGGAGAAUACUAUUCUCAAAGCUACCGAAGUUCAGUUCCCUGUAAAACCUGUAGCCAGCAAUGAGGCCAAGGCCUUUAUCCGGCGAUGUCUUGCCUAUAGGAAGGAGGAUCGGUUUGAUGUGCAUCAGCUAGGCAGUGACUCGUAUCUGCAGCCCCACAUGAGACGCUCCAGUUCCUCGGGGAACCUCGCCUCAAGUCAGGCCCCUUCCAGUGUUUCCAGUGUCAUCUACUGACAGACUGCACUGGCUUUAUUAACUGACUGCUGUGCUGGCCAUUCACUGCUUUCUCUGCUAAAGGAACCAGGCGUGAGCCGAGCAACCGAGGAGAAGGAAUGGCUGAUUCCUUACAUUGUGGGAAUGAGGAAUUAGGAUGAUUGAAACUUAAGUUUUAAUUUGAGCUGUUUGACCAAGUAAAGUAUAAAUGGAAGGAAGUCAGGGCAAAAAUUAGCAUUCAUAAAGCAAGAGGUUGAGACUCUUGUUGAAACAUAAUGUCUUUUUGAACUUUCUUUAGAGCACUGCUCCAAAUAAGGACCUUAAAAUGUGAUACAUGUCUUUUGUGGCAGUUGCCCUGAAAGGAUGUUUGAAGGACCUGGUAGUCUAAUGUAUGUAAAAACAAAUGUGGUCUUUGCCAGGACAGUAUAUUGCUCUCGAUAAAAAUGGUUUAUCAGGCAGAUGUUUGCUAAAUGAGCCUACAUUGAAAGGGUAGGUGUCUGAUCAUUUCACUGUAAGGUUACGUUGGUGGUUACGUUUUAAAUUUGGGGCAAGUUACAGAUUUCCUUUGUACAAAUAGCUUUGAGAAUGUAUUUAGUACACAUUGUGGCAUGUAGUGUCACGAUAGGGCCAGGCAGAAUACUAACCUUGAAUGCACAAAAUAACCAAAUGUAGACAAAUGACAAUGUACAGGAUCCUAUGCAGGAUAAAAAGUCUCUUCUAGAAGGCUAAUGUAUAUUUGCUGUACAGAACCUUAAUUUCAGAUAAAGCUCACUAGAUUAAUUCUGUACAAAUGAUAAACAAUUAUGGCCCUCU